UCAGCAUAACUGUGAACUUAACUAAUGGCCCAGGAUCGUAUGCUGGCCGAGUAGAAGUAAAAUACAAUGGAAGUUGGGGUCAAGUCUGUGAUUAUGGUAUAAACAUGAAUUUUGGUCACGUGAUAUGCAGACAGCUUGGUUACCCACAUGCCAUAGCCACCCCAUGUUAUAAUGCUUUUGGCCAAGGAAAUACUCACUAUUGGAUGACUAAUGUCAGAUGUAAAGGAAAUGAAAGCAGCUUGGCUGAAUGUGAUUACACUUGGGGAAAAGCUGGUUGUUCUAUGGGACUUAAAGGCACUGUGGGAGUAGUCUGUGAAAGGCCCAACAUGACAGUCACUUAUCCUCCACCCCUUCGCCUUGCCCAUACCACAGUACCCUAUGCUGGGUGUGUUCAAGUGAAAUAUGCAGGGAUCUGGGGCCAGAUUGGGAUGUUUGGCUGGGAUCUAGAAGAUGGCCGCGUUGCCUGCAGACAACUUGGGUACAGGGAUGUAUUGACAGUUCUGUAUAAAUGGAAUCGCACGUCACAGAUGUUAACAUGGAUGGACAUUGUAAAGUGCACUGGCAAUGAACAAUCUUUGUCAAACUGUAGCUAUGAACUUGUCACAUACAGAAGUGCAGAGUGGACUAGUGCAGGAGUGGUUUGCAAAAAUAAUAGUAAAACAGGUCUUCAAAUUCAUCUUCGAAAAUGGUCGGUUUCUUAUGCCGGACGCAUCGAAGUAUUUUUGGCAGGAAAAUGGGGCGCAAUUAACAGCUACAAUUGGCAGCUAGCAGAUGCUCAUGUGGCAUGCAGACAGCUGGGUUUCUCUGGAGCUGAUCUGGCCAUCCAUGGGGCUGCAUAUGUUUUUGCCCCAAAGUUUUCUGGGAACUCAAUGGACAUUCAAUGGCUAGACAAUGUUGAGUGUCGUGGAAGUGAAUCUUCAUUGGAUGAAUGCCCACAUGAAGUGUCCUUUGUUCGUGUGGGAGUGCUUGAGGCUGGUGUAGUAUGUAAAACCAAAAUUGCAGUUAGUAAAAUCAGGCUUGCUGGAAGCAACAUGACUUACGCUGGCCGUAUUGAGGUUAACAUCGCGGGUGUCUGGGGUACAAUCCGAAAUAGGGGCUGGAAUAUUACGUCUGCACAUGUGGCGUGCAAAGAGCUCGGUUACCCAGGAGCUGAAACCGCCAUCUUGUUUGCUACUGAAACCUUUGGACAAGGGGAAGGACCUGUCUGGAUGUCAAACCUUAAUUGUCAGGGACACGAAAGCACAUUAUGGGAAUGUUCCUGGUCCAGGAUAGCUGGCAUCUAUUGGGACCAUUAUAAUGAUGCUGGUGUAAUUUGUCGUGUAGAGGACCCCAGUAGCUACUCGAGGACACCAGACUCAAUCGCUUCAAGGGCCCUAGAAAUUGGUCUUCCUGUGACAGCAGCUGUUCUACUCCUUCUCGGGUUUGCAGCUGUUUUCUACUUCCGGUAUUACCGUAGAUGGCGAGGGGACAGGAACGAGCAUUCAAGAGACUUCGUGACUAUGAACGAUGUUUCCUCAGAAACUGGCCAAUCAAAUCCAGCAUUUGAAAGAACUGACUCUUCUUACCAAGUUAAAUUAGACUCCGACAACAACGACACCUCAGCGGACUGGUGCGAGAUUUCAAGAAAUAGACUUACUAUUGGAGAGAAGAUUGGGUCUGAGUCUGACGGAGGAACGUUUCGUGGGAAACUUUCUCAUGAGAAUGGAAACAUAGCAAGUUGUAUCGUGAAAACAGCUACGGAUUCGAAAGGAUUUGGAUCAUCAGCUAACGAGAAUGAUCUGUUAACUGAACUUAAAAUCUUGAGCUGCCUGGGAAGCCAUCCCAACAUACUCAACCUCUUUGGAGCUUGCACUUUAAAAGGUCCUACAUAUCUCGUCUUUGAGGAAACGGAACAUGGCAGUCUAUUGGAAUAUCUUAAGAAAAACCGGAUGGGUGAUGAAAUGAACUCUACACGAAACUUUUGCACGUUAUCCAAAGUGGAAAAAUUAAGAAUAGCUCUUGAUGUGUCCAAAGGAAUGAGGCAUAUAGCAGAGAGAAAUUACAUUCAUAAAGGUCUCGCGGCCCGAAACGUUCGUCUUGGUAAAAAUUGCAUCGCCAAAGUCGCUAAUAUAGGCUGCUUUAGUGCUGGAUGCGAUAAGACAUUCUAUGAAGACAUUGCAAAGGGAAACUUAUCAGAAGCAAGAUGGAUGGCCCCAGAAAGCUUAGAAACAAAGGAUUUCACGUCUGAGAGCGAUGUAUGGUCUUUUGGCGUAUUACUUUGGGAGAUUGAAACUGGAGGUGAUGUUCCUUAUCCUGGAGCUCAGACAAAAGAUCUUCUGGAAAGCUUAAAAUCUGGACAUCGUAUGGAUAAACCUGUGAAAACUUCUACUGUUGUCUAUGAAUUGAUGACCAAGUGUUGGCGGUUCUCAGCCAUAGACAGACCAAAGUUCAGUGAACUGUGCAUGGUGCUUGACACCCUGGUUACCAGGGAGACCUACGAUUGAUAAAAAUGGCAGAUUGUCUCUCUCGAAAGAUCCUCAAUGAAAACAAAUUUUUUUCGUUUUAUCUUCAAGAGCCAGCUUUUGGUCGGUAACUAAAUUCCUAGCUCAUACAGAUUUAACUUCCAAAUAUUUUGUUGAUUACAGCCUCCAAACAUACCCUAGCUGCUUGGUGGUUUAUCUCGUUGGUCACGUGACUGCGCAGUGUUAUGAUCAACUGUGAAAAAUAAAGAAAUAUUAAUGACCAUUUAAAGGAAAAUUAAUAGAACGCCACUGAAAAUAAUUGUUUAUGUCUAGAACCCUUUUAAAUGAAAAAUUAAUUUAUUAGUACUUUGAAAUAGUUUAAUUUGUUGUACAGCGUUUGCAUGUAGAUAUUUACUAAGAGUAGAAUGCUUUUAUUGCUUGCAAAUAAACUUGACAUAACUUUUGCGAUGCUAGGAACUGCUUUGCCAGAUUUAUCCACGUAACUUUAUCUGCGACAGGCUAAAGGACUUACAAUACAUUUUAUUUUACUUUAAAGGGGCGGCACCGACAUUUGGGCAUGCGUGAACUACAGGCGCCAACCUUUAAGCUUUAGCGUUUUUCUUCUCGAAAGCGCAUGCCAUUACAAGAGACUAUACUAGUAUAACGAGUUUAAAAGUGGAGAUUACUUUCACAUAGGAGAGAAAAUAAAAAUUAACAUGAGUUUCACAA